AUGUCUGGAGCAGCCCGCAAGCGAGGCGCCGGCCGUGCGACUAGGGGUCAACAGCCGUCGGAAACCUCCUCUCGUCGUGGCGAUCGACUUCAAGUGCCAGGCGGCGGCUUCGAUGGGCCUGCUUCUCGAGGAACCGCCUCACAGUCUGGUCCCGGCUCUACAGGUCGUGGUGCGGCUUCUGCGGCUUCAUCUGCUGCGUCUGGUGCUGGUAGUCCUAGUGUCCCGCAAGAGGCGCCGUCCCAGGGUCCUAGCAGUCGUCGGAGCAGCCAGUCUGGUGGUCAGUCAACGCGAGCUCCUCAAGCUCCUCCUCGGACCGAUCCGGCACGAGACAAACCGGCGAGAUACACAGAUCAGAUGCGCAAUAUCGAUCUGCCCGCUUCAUUCUACAACAUUGAUCAGUUGUACAGCCUUCCGACCCAGUACAUCAAGCGUCCUGGAUUCAACAAUACAGGCAAAGUGGUUGGAGCGAAUAUCAACGCCUUCCACGUUCUCCGUUAUCCCAGCGUCAAAGUCUUCCAGUACGAUGUAACCAUCGGCACUGGUGGGGAGAAGCGAAUUGUCAACCGCAAGGUGUGGAAUUCACGAGCUCGAAAAAACGCGACUGGCCCACCCGUCCUAUACGAUGGCAAUCGUCUUGCUUGGUCCAUGCGUGACUACAAUGAGAUUCGCCUCAUGGUCGAUCUCGACCAAGAAGAGGCCCGUCCUUCUCGAAAUGGCAAAAACACUUUCCGGCUGAGCAUCAAGCGAACCAGAACUCUGGACAUCAGUCUCAUCCAGCAAUACCUGGAGGGUCGUGUGCAGAUGAACGAGCUCGUCGCCGAGAGUAUCAUGUUCUUGGACCAUCUGCUCCGAGAGACCCCAUCGUCUUCGCCCCAAUUCAUCUCCAUCCGCCGAAGCCUCUUUAGGCGUCAAGGCCAGCGAGCUGAUCUCGGCGGUGGUAUUGAGGUCUGGCGUGGAGUUUACCAGUCGAUGCGUCUUGCUGAAGGCAAGAAGAUGAUAAUCAAUGUUGAUGUCGCAAAUACCUGUUUCUGGAGACCGACCUCUUUGACUUCAGCCAUCGUCACCAAGUGGAAAGAGAUAAGAGACGUCAACGACAUUGCCAACAGAAUGGAGCCCUAUCAGUCCAACGGCCAUCGAGAUGAGACCGAGUUCCACAAAACUUUGGAACGAGUCUUCAAGGGGGUUGAGGUGAAGGCCACGUACAAGGGCAAUCCAUUCCCCGACAAGCAGUGGAAAAUCCUUCGAUUUGACAUCAACAAUGCCCUCGAGGAGAAGAUCGAAUGGAAGGAUCCCGUCACCAAGAAACCGACCGGUGAGCUGGUCACGGUGGCCCAGUACUUCAAGCGCAAAUACAACAUCACCCUGCAGUUCCCGGCGCUGCGACUGGUGGAGAUGACACGGAAGGGUGUCAAAUACCCCAUGGAAUUCCUCUUCCUGAUGGAGGGCCAACGAUAUGGCGCCAAGCUGGAUGAGAUUCAGACGGCGAACAUGAUCAAGUUUGCGGUCUCCCCCCCCAAUGUUCGACUCAAUGCCAUCAACGAAGGCAGGAGCUGGUUGAAUUGGGACAAUGAUGAAUACCUGAGGAACUACGGACUACGUAUCAACCAGGUGCCCAUCAGAACCAUGGCACGUAUUCUUCCCGCCCCCGGCAUCAAGUUCGGAAAUAAGACGGAGCAGGUCGGGACGCGAGGCCGUUGGGAUCUGAAAGGAAAGACUUUCCUCGCUCGAAACCCCCAAGAACUCUUCUCUUGGGGUGUUGGCGUCUUCACCACCGGUCGUUCGAGGAUUGAGAAGGCCCAGAUUGACCAGUUUGUUCUCGAUUUCGCCCGCGCUUAUCGCAACCAUGGGGGACAAGUUGCGAAUGCUGCACCAUUUGUCACCACUCUGAACCAGGACGUUGGCGCCGCCGUUGCGUUUCUCCAUCAAUCAACGGGGAACAAGUUCCAGCACCGACCGCAACUCCUGAUCUUCUUGGUGUCAGACCGCAACUCUUUCCACUACCUCCGUAUCAAGAAAUCGUGUGACUGCCGCUUCGGUGUCGUCUCUCAGGUCAUGCAAAUCUCACAGGUGUUGAAGGGCAACCCUCAGUACUAUUCCAACGUCCUGAUGAAAGUCAAUGCAAAAUUGGGCGGUACCACAGCUCAAGCUGUGCCACAUCCGAGCAGUGGCUUCAAGUCGUUUUCGGUGCCGACCAUGAUCAUUGGGGCGGACGUCUCGCAUGCGUCCCCCGGCAGUCAUCAGGCGUCGAUGGCGGCCCUGACGGUGUCAUACGAUCGCUUUGGCGGUCGCUACGCUGCUGCGUGCCAAACCAACGGCCAUCGAGUCGAAAUGAUCUCAGAGGCCAACUGGCAAAACAUCUUGGGACCUCUCGUGCAGGGGUGGAUUGAAAACGUUGGCGGCAAUCGAGUUCCCCAGCAGGUCUACUACAUCCGCGAUGGUGUGUCCACCAAUCAGUUCCAGCAGGUCCUCAAUGAAGAAGUGCCCCAGAUCAGGAAAGUCAUUCAGUCUUGCAUGAAUGGCCAUACGUGGGACGGGAGGGUUACUGUGAUCAUCGCCAACAAGCGCCAUCAUAUACGCAGCUUUCCCGACAAAGAAGGAGCCGACAACAAAGGCAACCCUCUCCCUGGCAUGCUGAUUGAGAGAGAUGUGACCACUCCCGACGAAUUCGAUUUCUACCUUUACUCCCACAUCGCUUUGCAAGGCACGUCUCGCCCGGUGCACUAUUCCGUUCUGCUCGACGAGGCCAAACACCGUCCGGAGGUGAUCCAGAACAUGAUAUACGAGCAUUGUUAUCAAUACAUGCGCUCGACCACCUCUGUGUCGCUCCAUCCGGCGGUGUACUACGCUCACCUGGCAUCCAACCGUGCAAAGGCCCACGAAGACUUGCCCGCCACUGCCGGUCCUCAAGGUGGUCCUGGCUACAAGCAAAAUGCCAGCAACAGAAGCCCGGACCAGCCUUCUGAGACCGAGGCCAAACCGCUGAUGCCUCUUUUCAAUGCAAACAAGAUCGUCUUCGCCAUGUGGUACAUUUGA